AUGGCUUUUUCAGCGUGCGAGAAAAUAAACGACAUACUCAGCAGAAUUGGGUUUAAAAAGAGGACGCGCAUACAGGAGAGGCUGCUUCCGUUUACCGAGAAAAGAGACAUUAUGGGGCUGUCGGAAACGGGGACGGGAAAGACCGCGUGCUUUGUCAUUCCGCUUGUGGAAGAGCUUGCAGAGGACCCGUUUGGAGUGCACUCUUUGAUACUUACCCCAACAAGAGAGCUUGCAAUGCAGACAAAAGAGAAGGUGGACAUCAUCGGCAACUAUUUCGGCAUCAAGUGCGAGAUCCUGCACGGGGGACUGGAUGUCCACAAGCAGGUUGCUCUUCUGCAGAAAAAGCCGCACAUUGUGAUAGCAACGCCGGGGCGGCUGGCUGCAAUGCUGUGCAGCGAGCAGAGCAUCCUGGCCUUCAAAAGAGCCAAGAAGAUAGUGCUGGACGAGGCAGAUCUUCUGCUGAACGGAGACCAAGCUCUGUCUGUGCACAAGAUUCUCAGCAUACUCACAGAGAGAACGAAGAACGUGCAGCUUCUUCUUUUCUCAGCAACAGACAUAGCUCCUCGCGUGCUGGUUAAGGUGAGGGAUAGAGACUACAAGCUCAGCGCAAGAAAGAAACAGGAGCGCAUUGCUUCAGAGGCUGGUCCAUCGGAUAGCGAACAUCAGAGCCAGACAAACAGUAUGGAUGAAGAGAAUACAGAAAAUAUAAGCGUAAAGGACAGCGAUGCUGAAAAGGACGGUAAUAAGCCAGAUAAAGCACCCAUGCACAUUGAUGACAUCAUUGAAAAGACCAGCUGCCCUGCGCUAUGGAGAAUGAUUUAUUCUAGAAACUUUUACACGAUUGACACAAGGGUCUCUGCAGUCCCAAAGAGCAUUACCCAGGAGUAUGCUUUCGUGCACAGACAGGCAAAGGAUGCAUACCUAGCCGGCCUGCUCAUGCAGGAGUACAAGGACGCAAAGGUGAUGGUGUUUAUGAACAAGGCGGAUAACUGUGCCGUGCUGUCCGAGGUUCUUCAGGAGCUGGGAAUAAACGCAGUGGGGCUGAGCAGACACACAGACAACAAGACAAGGCACAGCUCGUUCUACCGGUUUAGAUCAGGCCUGGCCAAAGUGCUCCUCACAACCGACGUGCUCUCCAGAGGGCUUGACAUCAAAGACAUCUCGUGUGUUAUAAACUACGAUCUUCCCAAUGACUUCACAGACUACAUACACCGUAUAGGAAGAACGGGAAGGCUGGACCAGAGCGGGUAUGCGCUCUCUUUUGUCUCUGCAGUUGAUGUCUCCAUCCUGCAAGACAUCCAGAGACAGACUGCCACAGAGAUGGCAGAGAAAGAGCUAAAGCCGCUCACCACAGCACGGCUUAUGAACAAAAUUGCCACACACAGGGAGUUUGUUACAGCCCGGAUAGAAAAGGCCUUGUCCAGAUAG